AGCUGACAAUGACUAUCCAAAUGCUACUGUAAAUACAGAUGGGAUAAAGGUCUAUAGAUGCGACAUCUGCGAGCAAUCAUUCCCAGCAAUAGGGCGUUUUUCUACCUUCCUGAAGCAUAUGAGGGAAGAACAUGAUGUAGUGAAGCCUCUUAAAUGCCCCCAGUGUCCACAGAAAUCAAGUACUUUUUGGCGAUUAAGGAAUCAUAUAAAAACUCAUAAUCAAAUCAAAUGCCAUGCAUGCCUAACAUGUCAGAAGAAGUUUAACACGAAGGCAUUGUUAAGGACACACCAGAUAAACGUGCAUGAAUCAUGUAGAUCAGAUCAUAUAUGUAUGACAUGUGGAAAGGGAUUUCAUGCCAGAAGGACAUUGAUGCGGCAUGAGAGUACACAUUUUACAGAAAAACCAUACGUUUGUCCACAAUGUGGAGUCGCGUAUGCCUUGAAAGAAUUUCUCCAACGGCAUAUGAAGUCACAUGACAAGGCUUUUAUAUGUCAAACAUGUGGUGAAAGAUUUGGACGAAAAUAUAAUCUAGAACAGCAUGAGAAAAUUCAUAGUGGUAUUAAAGAUUAUGAGUGUAAAUCAUGCGGGAAACAGUUUACACAGUUGGCUGCGUUAUGUGGACAUACAAAGACGUGUAGUAUGAAAACACAAGUAGCAAUCACUGAACCCAUGGAAGGGUUUGGUGUUCUGUCCUGUGACACUGUGAAUCAACUUGUGCACUCUUACCAACCACAAAGUCUGCCUACAACUGGAGGUUUAGAUACAACCAGACAUUUAGAUGUAACUGGACUUUCAGAGGCAUCUCAACAUUUAGAUGCAGCUAGACAUUUAGAUGCAGCUAGACAUUUUGAUGCAGCUGGACAUUCAAAUGCAGCUGGAAAUUCAGAUGCAGCUGGACAUUUAGAUGCACAUGCAUAUUUAAAAGAUGCAACUGGAUAUUUAAAAGGUGAAACUGGACAUACAAAUACAACUAGACAUUUAGAUGCAACUGGACAUUCAAAUCCAACUAGACAGUUAUGUGAAACUGGACAUACAAAUACAACUAGACAUUUAGAUGCAACUGAACAUUCAAAUCCAACAAGACAGUUUGGUGAAACCGGACACACAAAUACAACUAGACAUUUAGAUGCAACUGGGCAUUUAGAUGCAAUUAGACUGUUAAGUGCAACUGGACUUUCAAAUGCAACUAGACAUUUAGAAGCUACUGGACAUAUAGAUGCCCCUCUUGUUCCAUUCAGAGACUCACAACCUUAUACCUGAUAUUAAUCUAUUUUACAAUAUUUCAUUUAGAAUAAACUUAUGUAUAAUAUACUAUUAUGUAUAACUUCAUUGACCCUACGCAAGAACUACUCGAUUUCUCUUGUCAUUCUAAAUAAACGCAUUUUUGAAUUUGAAAAAAUCAGCUCUGAUGUGCAUGAAAUAAAAUAUAGAUACCUGAAUUACAUUUUGUGCUCAAAUUUUGGUCAUUACAUUGAGGAAAGCAGAAAGCUCCUCAGCUUGACAGCUAGCAUAUCAAUGAGACUAAAGGAAGAGAAAUUAGUAAGAGAAAUUUUUAUUUUAGAUGUCUUAUUUGGUGAUUUUGCAGAACAUCUAUGCUUUAUUUUGUGAUUAUCAGGUUGAGUAAACUUGAAGGGGAUUUGGAUAGAACAUUCAAUCUGUUUAACUUGGACAUUUUACAAAUGCAAAAGCAGACUAGUGCCAAGAUCUUAUUAGGUUUUGAAUUGCU